UGUAAGCUAUUUCCUUGCUCUCAUGUAUAAAGACUCGCUGUAGAAGUAAAGUUUUGUCAGUCUUCCAUAGAGGCUGUCCAUGUCCUUUUCUCAGAGUCUACUCCACCGAGUCUUUCACAUGUGGCGCCCAACGUGGGGCUCGAAGUCACGACGAGUUGAACACGGAGAAAGAUUCCUGCAGAAGGAGAUGGAGAAGACAUCUGGGCCCCGCAGUGGUAUAUACGUCCUUGACAACAAGGAUCCCUCGGGAGCAAAGAAAUGGGUGACCCACAUCACCAAGAGAAUGGCCACAAUGUCACUGAAGGAAGAGAAGCAAUGGAAGAGAAGGAGAACUGCCCCAGCUCAACCGUAUCCCACUGGGGCACAGAUCAAGAACCUGACCAGAAAAGCUGAAGAUGCACUGAAAGCAACUGGAACCCCUUUGACUCCUGAUAAACUUUUCUUGGGUAUGCUAGCUGUAUUGUCCUGUACAUCGGCAGUGAGUGCUAAUUAUACAUACUGGACUUACAUUCCUGCUCCCCCUCUGUUGCAGUUUGCUGAUUGGAGUGAACCUAGCCCUCUGGUCUUCACUAAUGAUAGCCAAUACUUCCCUCCUCCAUGGUCUAGAGCUGGACCUACUCACCCUGAUGAAGAGGGGAAAGCAGUCAACAUAUCCAUAGGGUAUAACGUUUUACCUAUUUGCUUCGGUGCAAGUCCUCCUUGCAUGUCUAUAUUCCCUCAAUGGUGGGGUUAUUCCUAUAAUAAUGGCACAGGUUUUAGGAUGGGUUUUUUUGUUGCCGCUUCAUUUCUGUUAAAUCAAUCUGAAAGGUACUAUCAUGGGCAAAUUUCUAACAGUACAGAUGCUUUAUUUUUGCCUGGUGAACCUCCCUGUGAAACAGUAUCCUGGCGAAAGAAACAUCAGGGUCCUUCAUUAUUAUGGUCUGAGUGCCGGGGAAUUUUUGGAAAAAUAUCUCGUUAUUUGAAUUUUACCUUUGUUGAUUGGGGACCACAUGGAAUGUUUGUUAAUUGCUCUGAAUGGGAAGUGGAAACCUGCGAUGGGACAAAAAAUAUUAGCUUUAAUCAUUCUUUGAGCGGAUUAUGGCAUCAACAGAAUGAUAUCCUCAACUGGUAUAAUGGUGGCCUAUCUCCACCCAGGCCCCGUAUGAUCCAUCCUCAACUUGGGCCCGAACAUUGGCACAUCUGGAAAAUACCCGCCUCUUUACACCAAUUUGCUACCCUUGUAGGACAUGCUCGUACUUCAGGCCCCCAAAACUAUACUAUCACUUAUAGUGGCACUGGGUUUAUUCAAGCAUGUGUACGCCCUCCUUUUCUGUUUGCUAUAGGAGAAUUCAUUAUUACAAAGUCUACACAACUAGUACAUUGCACAAACUGUAAACUCUACACUUGCUUAAACCAUAGUUUGCCAUUCAAUCAUAGUAGGGAGGGAAUUUUCCUUAUGAAACAGAGAGCGGAAUUAUGGAUACCUAUUUCUCUUGAUGAACCAUGGUCUGACGCUAGGUUUCUGUCAUUUUUAUUAAAAAGAGUUGUUAAAAGAACUAAACGCUUUAUUGAUUGGGUUAUAUUGGGCAUUGUUAGCCUCAUAACAGUCGUGUCUCUUGGCACUGUGUCAGGCAUGGCCUUACAUAAUUCCAUUCAAAAUCAUGAGUUCAUCACUUUAUGGCACCACAAUUCCCAUGAGCUGUGGACACGACAAGCAAAAAUUGAUCAGCAGAUCCAGGCCCGGUUAGAUGAAAUACAGGAUGCUUUGAUAUAUGUAGGAGACCAAAUAAAUCAAUUAAAAUUACAACUUAAACUGAAAUGUCAUUGGAAAUCUACAGACUUUUGUAUUACUAAUUUACCCUACAAUGCCUCUGAGUACCCUUGGGACUCGGUUAAAGCUCAUUUGCUGUUACAGAAAACUAACAUGAGUCUUGAUGUUGAAAAAUUGAAGAAACAAAUAUAUGACAGUUAUUCUCACUCACCCCCAGAAUUAUAUAGUUCGAAGUUUUAUGAUGCAUUAAUCUCCGCCUUGUCAUCACUAGACCCUCGAUCUUGGUUUCCAUCUGCUCAUAUUGUCUCAUAUGUUCUAAUAAUUCUCAUUAUAUGCAUUGGUGUUAUGGUCCUCCGACCCUCUAGAUAAUACCCUCCCAAACCCAAGCUACAGGAAUAAAAAUGAUGGCUGCAGUCCUAACACUAAAAAAGAAAAGGAGAAAAUGCUGAGGGAAACUAUGUGACUGCCUUGAGGAGAAGGUCCUCACAAGGAACUGGCGAAGGACCAGGGCCGCCGGGCAUGUCUCGAUGCUUUGCCCUGGGAAACAUUUCCUGCACCUUCUAGCUGGUCAUCACACAAGUUUAGAGCACUAACAGACCUUGCACCUAAUGAACUCUUGUCCAUCUGGUUCCAACUGGAUAUCUGAAAGCCACGAGGACCAAAAUGCAACGCUCUCAUCCUAGGUGUCAAAACCAGGACUUAAGACCCCAUGGACACUCCAUACCCUUGAGCUAUUUUCAGACAGCUGCCCACCGCCCCUCCCCAUCUCCUCCUACAAGAUAGACGCAUCUGCAACCCCAUCCUGAGGGAGCUGGGAGGGAAGAAAGGAGGGAAGACGGAGACCCCCCAGCACAGACAAUCAGAGACUUGGCCUUGACUUGAGUUGUUAAGAUAGGACUGCCUCCCUUCUCCAGCUGGCAGGAACAAUGACCCUGGGGAGCUCAAGCCCCCGGGGGAGGAGGAACUUAUGGCUUUUACGACUGCCUGAGAAUAGUGCUGAGAAUAACAAGCUUGCCUUGAGGAAAACAGAUUGUCUUUUGAUCCUGAGAAAAUAGAGUCUAUGUGUCUCAUGAACUUUGUAAACUUGCUGUUAUCAACUUUGUACAUGCUCAAGCUCCAUCUGUGUAACCUUGGUUUUUGUAAGCUAUUUCCUUGCUCUCAUGUAUAAAGACUCGCUGUAGAAGUAAA